UGUGCACCUAACGUUCUGUGUUAACCGUCUUCAAAACAUCAACACAAGAAGAAGCGCUAAGCUAGCUCCACCGCCACGUUUUCCCGCCUCUGCAGGGCGGUGUCGCAUCGCGCCACGGAGAGACCAACCAGAAAAUGGCUUCCUCUCUACCUGCGUCUCUGUUCCUGCUGUCUGUGGUUUUCUGGCAGUUUGUCUUCUGGGAGUUUGUCACUGCUGCAGAACAGACCAACAUCAAAGCUACAACUGGAGAGGACGUCACUCUGCCCUGCAGUGACCCUGACAAUAACCCCAUCCUGGUCGUACAGUGGAGCAGACCCAGGCUGGGGCCAAAAUUUGUGCUCCUGUUCAAAAACGGGAUGAUAGAUGAAGAUCAGCAGCAUCCAUCUUUUAAGGGCCGGGUGGAACUGUUGGACUCCAACAUGAAGGACGGAGACGUGUCUAUGAUUCUGAAGAAAGUUCAGGCCAGCGAUGCGGGACAAUUUGAGUGUCGAGUCAUUCAGAUGGCCCACGGGGAGGAACUCAGGAGGAAGGUCUAUCUGGAAGUAAUAGAGCCGUUUCCUGCCUGGGUCAUCGUUCUGGCGGUUCUGCUCAGUGUGUUUCUGACUGCUGCUGUUGUCCUGGUGUAUAGGUUUAAACACCACAUCACUCCAGGUCUGACCUGCAACUUCCCCCACCACCGUAGCCAAUUCACCACCAGGUUGGUGGACAACUCAGUACAUCUCUUCACCCGAGUGUCCAAGACAUAUGGCCGCAGAUCCGAUGAAACAAUGACAAAAUCGAUCAUCAAACUGCAGCCUAGGCUGUCCUAG